GUUUACGCACAUUUACUCUCUACACACAAAUGACCGACAUGUCUUACGAGAUCGCGUACUCACUCGCAGACGACGGCCCGCAGCCGGUCUCGCGCACUUACCAGUAUCGUAAAGUGAUGAAGCCGAUGCUAGAGCGCAAAAGGCGCGCUCGCAUCAAUCGUUGCUUAGACGAACUCAAGGAACUAAUGGUCAACGCUCUACAAUCGGAAGGCGAGAACGUCGCUAAACUUGAGAAAGCUGACAUCCUAGAGUUGACCGUUCGCCACCUUCACAAACUUCGCCGCCAGAGGAGGCUGUCGCUGAACCCUACCGUGGACGCCGACCGCUUCAGAGCAGGAUUCACGCACGCCGCUAACGAGGUCUCACGCUGUCUUGCUUCAAUUCCCGGAGUAGACGUAAGGCUGGGAACGCAACUGAUGACCCACCUCGGCCACAAACUGAACGAUAUCCAGCGCGCGGCUGCCGGGGCUGACACUCCCCCAGCCAGCCCGCCCAGCCCCGCGCUCUCCACUGUGUCCUCAUCAUCAGGCUACGUGACUCCAUCACCGCCAGCUUCCCCGAUGCCAGUCCACACUCCAACCCCCUUGGACUGCAGCAGGACCACCCUAAGCAAGUCUCCGGCCGUGUGGCGACCGUGGUAAAUAGACCGCUGGAUCGGGCGGACCCGGCUUCACGGUCACAUCUGUUCCAGCACCGCUCGGAGUCGCACUCGCCUUGCAAUGUGUCCGCCCUCGUCCAACAACAGUUUAAAGUGUUACAAUUUGCUCACGUAAAAAAGAUUAGAAGAGUAUAGAUCUCACAAUUUAACUAGUGUAUGGUUUAAAAAAUCGUAGAUUGUAAGUAAACUUUAAAGCUUUAAAAACUUUAGUUUGUAAGUAUAUUGUGAUAUUAAAGAGUAAUAUUAUUGUAAAACUAAUAGAUGUUGUAUCGAACCAUGAGACCAAGAGUGGAUUCGAAUUGUUAUUUUUUAUCGUUGAAAAGAUUUCACUAAAUGUGAACAAAAUGCAAAAGAGUAA